GGUUUUACCAGAGACAUCAUUUCAAACAUGUCCAACAUUCCAACACCCGAAGACUUCUUCAACUUGCAUCAGCAAGUCAGUGGCCUCAUCACCGAGAUGCAGCGCCUUGGAGAAGCCAAUGCUCAGCUUCGAGCAACGGUCGAGUCUCAGGCCGCUAGCCUGGAGUUUCAGCGCCAGGCCGCGGCCGAAGCACCCUCAGCCCACGUCAAUCGACACCUUGGUAAGGUUCACCCAGACCCAAAGUCAUUCGAUGGGUCUAGUGACGUGUGACGCUCACGACCUGGCGAGACAGGACGUACCGACGGAGACAGGAAGCUUAGGCGUGGAAGUGGGUUUGGCGGCAGAGACUGAGAACAAUGGAUAGUAAUGAGUAUAAACUGAUGUUGCUGACAAUGCUACAAAGGUGCGAGAAGCGCUCCUUUUAUACACUGUCAGCCUAAAGCAACUGAACAGACGAGAUAGAAGUGGGCGAUGGCAAAGACCCUGAAAAGAACACUGGCAGUUGCCGAUGAAGGUCUUGGCGAAGACCGAGUGAUGCUAGCGAGCGAAACGUGUCUGAGCACGAACCCUGCGACAGAGAAGCCAUGCGGCAUGGAGAACCAAUAGGAAGGGGUACGUCGGAACGUGAGGUAGCGCUGAGAGCUUGCAGGUGCCAGCGUGAUGGCGGAAGGGUAGGAGCGCUGGGAGCUCGAGAUAGACAGACGCGGCUGAGAAGACGGAAAGGGAUGAGCACUGGGAGCUCGGGGUGCACGGACGCGGCUGGGACGACGGAAAGGUAGGAGCACUGGGAGCUCGGAGGUCAAGCCGUGAC